CUUUUCUGAUUUGUGAUCUACGAUUAUCUGCAAGUUGUGUUGUCUGCAAUUUGUUGGAACAAUUCGAUUGAUUUUUAUCUUCUCAUUUUGUCGUAUGAUUUGGUGUUUUUGGUUUCGGAUGUGAUUGUCGAAGAGAAGAUGAAGCGUAAAAGAGGACAUAAGAAAGGGAAGAAGUCUAAAAAGUCCAAAUCUAUUACUGAAGAAGGGAACUUGAAUGAGUCAACCGAAAACGUGGAGAAUCAAACCUCGGAGCAGAGUUCUGAAGGUCCUGCUGAGUGUGAGAAUAGUGAACAUGAAUCUAAAAUGGAGGUUGAUGCACCUUCUUCUACUGAGAUUGGUAAUUCACCUAUUGCUAGUGUAGAUCCAGCUGAUAAUGUAGCGGCGAAGUCAAUGGGACGUGUUAAGGUUAAAUUGAAGACCUCAAAAGCACCAGAACCAGAUGAGACAUGGCGUGAUGAUAUUGAUAAGAGUAGUUCUCAAGUGGGGUCUGAAAAACCUGCUGAGAAAAAGGAGGAAUUGGUUCCUCCGCGUUUGCCUGAGAGAAAGCCAGUGUUUCUGAAUGUUUACAGGAAAACUAAGGGUAUAAAGAUUAAGUCUUCGAAGAGUGCUGAUGCUGUCAAGGCCCAGGAUGCAAAUGCACCUCAAAAGGAUACAAAAACGCUGGAUGAGAAUCCUCAAGCCAGUAAGAAAGAGCCAGAAAGUGCACCAAUUUCUUUGCCGAAAGAGGAGAAGAAGACUGACCAAAAUUCACGAUACAAUAAACAACAACUGGAGGAUUCUCUUACAGUGAUCAAGAAGAUUAUGAAGAUGGAUGCUGCUGAUCCCUUUAAUGCUCCUGUGAACCCAGAAGCUCUUGGAAUUCCUGACUAUUUCGAUAUUAUCAAGACACCUAUGGAUUUUGGAACAAUAUGCAAUAAUUUUGAAAAAAGCAACAAGUAUAUGAAUUCUGAGGACGUUUACAAGGAUGUCCAGUACAUUUGGAAUAACUGUUCUAAGUACAAUAAGAAAGGUGAUUAUAUUGUGGAUUUGAUGAAGCGAGUAAAGAAAAAUUUCAUGAAGUACUGGACUGCAGCAGGGUUGUACACUGAAUCAGCAGCAGAAAAUACAGAGGAUGGUGGGAAGUCAUCCACCAAAGGCAGUCAAUCCAAGCAGAAGAGCCAUAAACGCCAUGGAAGGCACCACAAGAGUGAUUGCAUGUGUGCGAUAUGUGUUUUGAAGCGACGUAAAAGAGAACGUGAACGAGAUUCUCAAGGACAUUCUGGAGCACAAGAGGAAUCUUCACCUGCGGGAAGUCCGUCUGUGGAUAAUUCAUCAAUAAACAUGGGUGAGGAGCAGGACAUGGAUAUUGAUGUUGACAACAAAACCGAGAUCGUGGAACUAGAUAGUCCGGUGUCAAAGAGACAAAGAGUGAAUGAAGAUAAACAAGAGGUGGAGGAAGAGGAAAAUGUUGAAGUGGAGAGUGAAAAUAAAACCGAAGCUAAUGUAGAGGAUAAGACUCAUUCGAUUGAUGAUAGAGUAACGGAAGAGACUGGCGAUGAGCGUGUGACUAGUGCUGCAGAGAAAUUGGUUGUUUUAGCUUCCAUUGAAGGUCCAAAAUCGACUCAUAAAGAUGAGGAAGAGAAGGAAAAACAACUCCAAGAGCAAAAGAAACGGCAGGAGUUGGAGCGUAAAGAAUGGAGAAUGAAGAUGCAAGAAAAGUUCGAAGUCAGAAACCCGCAGCUUCUAAGUCUCUGUGAAACUCUCUUCCCUAAGGACGACAAUCACAAUUCCGUGUGGAACGGACCUCAUUCGCUGUUUAAACAUCGUAAUAGUGCUUUACACAAAGCAGUUGAGGCAUUGAUGAAGUAGUAAGGUAACAUAAGUAUUUAGCUAUCAUUCUUCGUUUUGUCUGUUAGAUAUGUUUGACACAUUCAACACCAAUCACCAUAAGCAUCUUUGUAAUUGAAAACAGAGCAUAAAACUGUUGGUAAUGAUUACCACAAGGGAAUAAAGCUUCAGUGUACUG